CUGUAGUCUCGCUUCUUUUAUUUAUUAAUUUUUUCCCCACUCGUCUGUUUAUUUUGUUGAAUAUCUGCAGAUUUCACGCGCGGUCAGUUUCCGGCGUGCAGCGCCUCGGACUCGGGAACAUCUGGGGCGUAAGGCCGAACCUCUGGACCCUGUCGAAGGAGGAGAGAGUCCAGCAUCAUCAUCUCCAUGGAAACAUAAAGAUGCGAUGUCCACUUCCUGCAACGCAAGCGCCUCCUUUUGAAAUCUUUGAACCCGCUUUGUCAAGCAAAACACAAAGUGUCUCCCAACUUAAUGUGUGACUCGUGAUGAUUGGAGUCAUUAUUUAAAGUAGGGUUUGAAGAAGAUGUCGUCCGUGUGGCAGCAGGAGCCGUCGGGCUACUCCGCCUGCGUCGAGAUCGACUCCAGCUCGGUGAGAACCAAGGACAGGCUGGGCUCCCCGGCCUGGCUGAAGCAGGAGCAGGAUGACCUCCGCAUCGUCAAGUGGGAGAGCUUCCAAUCGGGAGCCGCGGCGGAUUCCGUCCAGGACAACACGCCCAGCAGCGCCAUGUCAGCUGCCCCGCACGUGGAGAGCCUCCCCCCGCGGGUGCUGCUGACCAUCACCAAGCUGCAGUGCAUGCUGGAGAGCAAACAGGAGCGCAUCGCCGCGCUGGAGCGGCAGGUGGAGGACCUGAUGCAGGACCGCCGGUUCCUGCGGAGCCAGAUCGAAAACCUCACGAGCAAUCGCCCCAUGCCGACGUUCGCGUCGCCCAGUCCAGUGACCGAAGCUCCCAAACCCAGCAGGGUGCAACACUCGGAGAGCAAGUCUCGGAAGAGGGAAAAGGCCUCCUCCACCUCCUCCGACAGCAGCGCCAGCGGCUCGGAAGCGUCCGACUCGUCGGCGGCGUCGGCGGCCUCGAGCGAGCACAGGCGGAAGAAACACCACAAGGACAAGAAAAGGUCGAGGAAAGGGAAGGACUACAGCAGAAAGAGAGCCACCGGCGUCCAGUACGUCAUCCACCGCUACAAACAGGUCCUGUCGGCCUUCAUCAAGAAGAAGAGCAUGAGCGAGGCCUUCCGCCACCUGGGCAUCGACCGCAACACCAUCGCCAACACGGCGUCCAUCGCCGAGCUCCACCUGGCCGGCAAGGACAUGGUCCCCCUGGUGGGCAUGUUUCGCCAGGGGGAGGAGACCCUGGUCAGCUACGCCCAGAGGUGCACCCUGGUCAUCGACAGCGACGCCGACCUGUCCCGGAGGAUAGACCAGAUGAAGGCCAACGGCGAGCUGCUGCCCAUCUCGGGGAAGCGGCCGCGGGCGUCGCACACGUCUCACAUGCAGCCGCUGGGCGGUGCCGCGGACAGCAUUUUGAUAGGUUGACGAAUAUUUAGCUGGAUAUUUAAUGCACAUGUUUAUUUCAAUUUUAAUUUUUUCUCUCAAUCUGCUGGAUUUAAAUGAUUUUUACGUCGCAUUGUUUUAUUUCUUAGAAGUCGCUUCAUGUCUCCAGGGGGACCAGACGUUUUAAAUCAGUCAAUCUACAUCAAUAAGCGUUUUAAUAUUGCACAAUCCGGAUGUAUAUUUUGUACUCGACAGCCAAACAAAUGUACAGUUGCUUUCAAUGUCGGAAAUUAUUGAUUAUUUCUCUCUCCAUUAUUUGAGAGCACGUGUGUAGUGUUAGAAAACACCCACAAGAUGGCGACGCUCACCUACAAGACAAUUCGUGAGAAACCCCUAUUGUCAUUUGAUCCAAAAUGGUGGAUAGCUGUUUUACUUUAUGUCAAAGUGAAGUGAAAAAUGUGUUGGCAUCAUUCUGCGAUUCAUACGCUGUGAUUCAAAGACUGCCAAUUGUGUUAAAAGUUUACGAACCGGCCACAAAUGAAAAUGUUUUAUUGCGUGUCCUGUACCACAAAACUGACAGGAUACCUCUGUACAGUACACGGGCCUUUCACAGAGCUUGAAUCUGUGAAAAGAUCCUUAAAGUAAAACAUCAACACUCAAACCUUCAA